AUGUUCAGAGUAAUAUCUUUUGUAUUGUUCAUCAAUUAUGUGACCUGCGACUACAAGUUCGAGACGAAAUGGUUCAAUGUGCCAUUAGAUCACUUCGGAUACCAGAGAAACGAAACUUUCAACAUAAAAUAUCUGACCAACGAUCAGUAUUGGGACAAGGGAGGCGGACCUAUAUUCUUCUAUACGGGAAAUGAGGGACAAAUUGAGGUGUUCGCGAAACACACCGGCUUUAUGUGGGACAUCGCUGAAGAAUUUAAAGCAAGAUUGGUGUUCGCAGAACAUAGAUACUAUGGUCAAUCAAUGCCGUUCGGUAAUAAGUCGCUGGACAACGAGCACAUUGGCUACUUGACAUCCGAACAGGCGCUGGCUGACUACGCUGACCUCAUCAACUAUCUGCAGGGAAACAAGCAGAGACCCACGUACCCCGUCAUCGCUUUUGGAGGAUCGUAUGGUGGGAUGCUCGCAGCCUACAUCCGCAUGAAGUACCCUCACCUGGUGACAGGCGCCAUAGCCGCCUCCGCCCCCAUACACAUGUACCCCGGGAUGGUGCCGUGCGAAGUGUUCCAUAGGAUCGUGACCUCCAGCUUCAAGAUAGCAGACGAGAAAUGCGUUAAGAAUAUACGAAACUCGUGGACUGUUCUUAGGAAAUUUCUCGAGAGUCAAAACAAUACUGAUUGGCUUCACAAGAACUGGAACCUGUGCGACCCUGUAAAGCCGUCGGACGUGAACACCUUGAUGGAGUUCCUCCAGUCGAUGUACGAGACCCUCGCAAUGGUCAACUAUCCCUUCCCAUCAGACUUCCUGCUGCCGCUGCCCGCGCAGCCCGUGCGGGUAGUGUGCCAGUACUUGAACGAAACUCUUAGUGGACAAAAACUCAUUGAGGCUAUUGGCAAAGUUAUCAAAGUGUAUAGCAACUAUGAUGGCAAAACUCCCUGCGUCGACUACAAGAAGGGAGAUGACUUUGGAAAUCUUGACGCUACUGGAUGGGAUUAUCAGGCAUGCACAGAGAUGGUGAUGCCGAUGUGUACAACCGGCAACCAGGAUAUGUUCGAGCCGUCUCCUUGGAACUUCACCAAAUACUCUGAAGACUGUCACAGGAAAUACAACGUUUACCCGCGAGCGGACUCGGCCCGCGUGCAGUACGGAGGAGACAGACUGAGGGCUGCUACUAAUAUAGUGUUCAGUAAUGGACUACUGGACCCAUGGGCGGGAGGCGGCAUCUUAAACAGUAUCAGUAGUUCAGUGAAGGCGGUCGUCAUCAUCGACGCGGCUCAUCACCUGGACCUGAUGCCAGCCAACCCGGCUGAUCCGAAUUCAGUGAAACUCGCGAGAAACAUUCACAAACAGAACAUAGAGAAAUGGAUACGAGAGUUCCGUACGGAGCGCGACGACAGACAUCAUUAG